CGGAGGAUGCACGCGGGGCUCCUGGGGCUCUCCGCCCUGCUGCAGGCGGCCGAGCGAAGCGCGCGCCUCUGCACCAUAGUUUAUUACUUCACCACAGGACACCUGUUCUGGGGAUGGCUGACCCUUUCUGUCCUUCUGCCUGGAUUCUUGGUCCAGGCCCUGAGCUAUCUGUGGUUCCGAGCAGAUGGGCAACUGGGACGCUGGUGGUUAGUAAUGCUGCAUCUCCUACAGCUGGGCAUCUGGAAGCGGCACUGGGACACUGCGACCUCUCUGUGGCAGGGAGGAGAGACUCCCCGCUGGGGACAGCUGUGGCUGCAGGAGGCUGACCUGUUAGCCCUCCGGCUCCUGGAGGCCCUGCUGCAAACUGUGCCCCACCUGCUGCUUCAGGCCUAUGUUUUCCUAGCCUCUGACUUCACAGACAUUGUGCCGGGGGUCAGUACCCUGCUGUCCUGGUCCUCACUGUCCUGGACCCUUGUGUCCUACACCCACUUCCUGGGUGUCAUGAAGCUGGGCCACUACAAGAUGCUCUGGGCUGCCCUCUUGAGCCAGCAGCUCUGGAGGAUGGGCAUGCUGGGGACCCGUGUGCUGAGCCUGGUGCUGUUCUGCAAAGUUUACCGUGUGUGGGUUUUGGUGGUUGGAGGUGCCCAUUGGCUGGUGAUGACCUUCUGGCUUGUAGCCCAGCAAAGUGACAUUGUGGAGAGUACUAGCCACUGGAGGCUGUUCAACGUGCUUGUGGGGGCCGUGUAUAUCCUCUGCUACCUCAACUUCUGGGACAGCCCUUCCAGAAGCAGGAUGGCCAGCUUCUACUUGGUCAUGCUGCUAGAGAACAUCAUCCUGCUACUGUUGGCCAUGGACUUUCUCCAGGGGGCACUGUGGACCAGACUGUGGACCAUUGCAGGGGUCUUAUCCGGAUUUCUGAUUGGUAGUCUCUCACUGGUUAUUUAUUAUAGCCUGCUACAUCCAAAAUCUACAGACAUCCGGCAGGGAUUUGCAAGGAAGUGUUGUGGCCCCAUGGAAGGCAACAACACCGAAGGAGGGUCUCCUUCCAGGUCCGUGGCUCCCAGGGAGAAGCCGGAGAGCUCAGGCUCGUGCCAAGAAGAAAGCUAUGAGCUAACCAGUAUAGAUAAGAUCCCCAGUCUGGAGGUGGGACAGAGAGACCAGACUUCUGGGGAGUGCUCUUUCUUUAGUCACCAUCACUGGCUACUGGUAAAGCUUGCCCUGAAAACAGGAAGUGUAUCUAAGAUCAACGCAGCUUUCGGAGACGAUAAUCCUGGACACUCAUGUUCCCCUGCGUGGGGGUCGAGUCAACCCUACCACCUGCAAAGGAAGCCCCUGUUUUCCCAAGACCUCCCAUCCUCCCCACAGAACCCUUUAGCCUUGGAGAAAGGCUUUGGGUUUGGGGGUGCUCCAAAAGCAGAAAUGGAGUCCCUGGAAAUUUCAAGCUACGUUUCUUUUGCCAGUGAGCAUCAGGACAAGACACCUACCCACAAACCAUCAGCUACCCAGGGGGAGGGCAGCCCAGAGGAAGGGGCCAAGGCUAACCCUGCGGCUCAGGGAAGGGAUGCAGGUGGGCAGGUGAUUGGGACAGAAGGACAGGAGAGCGCAACACUGUACUUCAGCGCCACCACCGAGCGGACUCCGUCCUCCCACCAAGAAGACAGCCCUGCAGCCCUGCGGACAUCCCUCUCUGGGAGGCCCAGAGACAGCAGCCCUGCUCAGCCUGCCUCUCCUCAGCCAGUCACUAAGUCCUUCCCCAGCGCUGUGGCCAACAUUAGCCCCAUCCUAGGCAGGGGCUCAGGCAGAAACUUCAGCCCCAGUAUAGGCUUCCCUGGAAGAGCCUCAGAUAGCUCAGAGUGUGAGGAGUGGCAGGAACCUGCAAAGGACCUGAGCCAUUCUGCUGCUGUUGGCACACUGAUGUCAUUGCCAAAGAUGAACCCGAGACCUACUGAAGAGCCCUGCCUCACCUCCACCCCUAAGUCUGAGUCCACCCAGGAGGACUGUAGCUGCAAGGACAGGAUGAAGCAGGAGACAAGCUUUUUCGUCUGACCACAGCCAUAGUGGAACAAUACAACAGGCCAGCACACCAGGCUGAUCAUACAGUGUCACAAGAAGAGAAAUUCCUCUUCUGACAUCUGUGCCCUCAAGAUUACUUCCACUUCUGAAUCUUCACCUACACACCUAAAAGAUGUGGGAAUCAAUUAGAUGGUUUCUGAGAUUCCCUGCAAACACCAUGCAUGGCACUUACACAUGGGAGAAAUUGAAACCCAGGGUAGGAGAGGCAAAAGGGCCUCCAGCCCAAGCCUCUUGCUUCCUUAUGUGAACUGAAUGAGCCCUUCUGUACCACUUCUCUGUAGCUUCUAGGAAACUCACAAAUAAAAUUCAGAGUCCUUUUUUA